GCUAAUGCAAUAUUAGCUGAUGUAAAAGCAUCAACAAUUUAUGAUGUUUUACAUGAUUCACAAUACAGACCAAAAUGGGAUAAAUAUCAUGUUGCAACUAUCGAUAUUGGCUUAAUUAAUCCAAACAAUGAUAUUUGUUAUUAUGCUGUAGGAGGUAUGUCACCGUUACAGGUUCGAGAUUUUGUCCUUCAACGAUCAUGGUUAGAUACCGGUAUGAAGAAAUAUAUUUGUAGUCAUUCA